AUGGUCUUCGAGCUCGGACGCCCAAAGCCAAAGGGCUCCAGAGUGGUGUUGGUAGCCUUCUCUUCAGACCACCACACUGACCAGAGCCAAGCAGAAGAGCUUGCAGUGCGGAGUGAGAGAACGAGUGGCAAGGCCGUUCUGCUGCUGGCCCUAGUGGCCGUGAGCCUGGCCGUGGAGAUCCAGGCCGAUAGCGGCUACGGCGGCGGGUACACGCCGACGCCGGCCACCCCCACCCCUAAGCCGGAGAAGCCUCCAAAGGGCCACAAGCCUGAGAAGCCGCCCAAGGAGCACAAGCCGUCGCCAUCACACAAGCUGCCCAAGGAGCACAAGCCCCCCUCCGGCCACAAGCCUAAGCCAACUCCGCCCGUGUACACUCCGAUCCCGAAGCCGACGCCCCCCACGUACACUCCGACGCCCAAACCAACUCCACCCACAUACACUCCCACCCCGAAGCCGACGCCGCCUACCUACACCCCGACUCCCAAGCCGACGCCGCCGACGUACACUCCCACGCCAAAGCCCACUCCUCCGACGUACACGCCGACGCCAAAGCCCACUCCUCCCACCUACACCCCGACCCCCAAGCCUACGCCGCCGACGUACAUCCCGACACCCAGGCCAACUCCACCCACCUACGCUCCGACCCCCAAGCCGAAGCCUCCGACGUACACCCCGACCCCAAAGCCGAAGCCUCCGACGUACACCCCGACCCCAAAGCCAACUCCACCAACCUACGCUCCAACCCCCAAGCCGAAGCCUCCGACGUACGCCCCUACGCCCAAGCCCACUCCGCCGACCUACACCCCGACGCCGAAGCCGACGCCGCCUACGUACACCCCGACCCCAAAGCCAACUCCACCAACCUACACCCCGACGCCGAAACCCACACCACCGACGUACACGCCGACCCCCAAGCCCAAGCCAGCGCCACCAACCUACACCCCUACCCCUAAGCCGACGCCGCCAACCUACACUCCGACGCCCAAGCCCAAGCCAACGCCACCAACCUACACCCCCACCCCUAAGCCGACGCCGCCAACCUACACUCCGACGCCCAAGCCGACGCCGCCAACCUACACUCCGACGCCCAAGCCCACACCGCCAACCUACACCCCCAAGCCCCCGACGCACAAGCCCACUCCGCCGUCCUACACCCACAGCCCGCCGCCGCCGCCCUACUACAACUGAGAUCCGCUACUCUACUGUCAAGCUCGGAGCAUAGAAGGCGAUCGAUCCUAGAGUUGUGCGAGCCGGCCAAGAUGAGCUGAGGCCUUGAUCCUCCUAUUGUACGCGUUUGCUGCCAUCCUAGCAAGAGGAGAAUAAUGCAGACUGCUCCCUAUGUUUUCUUAUGUCCUGCUUAGUCUGUGUUCGUCGAAGUCUUAGCAGCCGUAUUGUGUGGGUAAUGGUAUUGCUACUAUUGCUUUGUUACUGUAAAACCAUAAUAACUAUGGAAAUGCAAGUAAAAGAUAGUAUUUUCCUCA